AUGACCAAUUUAGAGCCAUUAAAGGGCGGCUAUUACAUUUGGCACUAUGUCCCCUCUAUAGCCGCAUCCAUUAUCUUCGUUAUCCUCUUCGGCGCUGUCAGUUCAUAUCAUUUCUGGAAGCUUUUCAAGACGAAAGUUUGCUUCACCAUUCCUUUCGCCAUUGGUGGUUUAUUCGAAUUUAUCGGAUAUGCCGCUCGGAUAGGCUCCAGUAGCAACACUGGAAAACUUAUGCCAUAUAUUAUCCAAAGCAUUUUCGUCCUUCUUGCACCAACGCUUUUCGCAGCCGCCAUCUACAUGGUCCUCGCCCGCAUCAUCCGCGCCGUUAACGGCGAGCUAUAUUCUCCUAUCCGCAUCAAUUUGAUCACCAAGAUCUUCGUUUCCUGCGAUAUCUUGACAUUCUUUGUUCAAGGUGGUGGAGCUGGUUUAAUGGCCGAGAGCAGCCUAAGCAAUACGGGACAAUAUAUUGUGCUAGCUGGCCUAGUUUUGCAGAUUGUCACCUUUGUAAUCUUCGUCAUCACCGCAGUCACUUUUUCCCGACGGAUGGACAAAACACCCACGCCUGCAGCUCUUCAGUAUGAUAUACCCUGGAAGCAGCACCUUCGCAGUCUAUACACUGUCAGCGCUAUGAUUCUCAUUCGGUCUAUUUUCCGUGUGGUUGAGUAUGGAUUAGGUAAUGAUGGGUACCUUUUGGGACAUGAAUGGCCUACCUACGUCUUUGACGCUGUCCCCAUGUUCACCGGCAUGGUUUCCUUUGCUAUCUGGUACCCUAGUGCCUUACAGCCCUAUUUGAAGACUGCCACCUCGGCCUGA